AUGAAGAAGAUCGACUUAGGGAACCACCGCGAGGCAGCUCAGCCAGACUGCAUCAAAGCUCUCAUUGUCGAAUUCAUCACCACCUUUUUCUUUGUUUUUGCCGGUGUCGGAUCCGCCAUGGCCGUCGAUAGCUAUGUCGGAAACACAUUGGUGGGACUUCUAGCGGUCGCGGUGGCUCAUGCCUUUGUGGUGGCGGUAAUGAUAUCUGCGGGCCAUAUCUCCGGUGGCCAUCUCAACCCCGCUGUCACCAUUGGCCUACUUUUUGGAGGUCACAUAAGCGUCUUCCGCGCAUUUCUCUAUUGGAUUGAUCAGCUGUUGGCCUCCUCUGCAGCCUGCUUCCUCCUAAGUUACCUCACCGGAGGAAUGGGAACUCCGGUUCACACAUUGGCAAGUGGAAUAAGUUACACUCAGGGGAUCAUAUGGGAGAUCAUCUUGACGUUCUCACUUCUCUUCACUGUCUACGCCACGAUGGUGGAUCCCAAGAAAGGCUCCCUUGAUGGUCUAGGCCCACUUCUGACCGGAUUCGUCGUGGGAGCCAACAUCCUUGCUGGUGGUGCCUUCUCCGGAGCCUCAAUGAACCCGGCCAGAUCAUUUGGACCUGCUUUGGUCUCUGGAAACUGGACUGACCAUUGGGUAUAUUGGGUUGGACCGUUGAUCGGUGGUGGACUUGCCGGAUUCAUCUACGAAAACGUCCUCAUUGACCGUUCAGUUGCCCCACUCGCCGAUGACGAGCAACCAUUCCUAAAUUGA